GUUAGUUUAUGUCGGAACGGGCCAGUGCGCUUCGUUCCCGCCAUUUCUGACACUGUUUAUUAAAGCCAUGUUUGACGCAUUACUAUGAUUGUGUUUUCAUAUUUUUUCUAUUUUCUGUGACAUCACAUGUAUUUUUAAUGUGUUUUACAUAAUAAUUUCAUUAAUUUGUUAGUGACACAUGUAAGAAAUCAGUAUCGUGUUAGUGUCAAGUAAGAGGAAUGGACAUUUCACGUUCCAUAUUUAAGUAAUCAUUACUUGAAAGAAACAAGUUAAUUACGGAUUUUUAAACGAGACUUGUUCGUUCCAUGUAAAACAUGAAUACUCCAACGACAAGAGAUUUUUUACGAAGACCAAAUGGAACACGGAGAAGAUCCUCCCGGCAAGCUUUAGCCGUGAUUCCUGUCAACAAUGCUGAAGCAUCACCUGGAGAAGCCAUUUCUACUGAAGUUAAUGCAAUGGAUAAUUUUUUAAACAGUCGACAAGGCUCCGAUUCUUGGAGUCCUGCACCUAGCCCAGAUGAAUUAGUUAUCCAAAAGCGUGGACGUCGUUGUAGGACUAUUGUUUGGUCUCCUGAUCUUGAUACUUGCAAAAGAAAUAGCCUGUUCAGCUUAAGUUCCAGAGAUCGUACUCCAGUGAAAAGUCCCUCAAAGUCGAGCAUGGUAUUAAGAAGUACACCUAGAAAAAGACUUGCUCUUGGCGAUGCCAAUGAAACUGGGUUUACGACACCAGAGAAGAAGAAAAAACCACAAGGUUUAUUAGAUAGUAACAAUGGACAGAGACAUUAUACUGGCAAUUUAUUGAAUGGUUUAAGAGGACUUAGUCACGAACAGUUAGUUCAAAUGAUUAUGGACUUGGUGUCAAUGCAAGAAGAUGGUAUUCUACACGAAGGAGAAAAAAUAUCUAAUCUUUUGUUAAAAAAAAUGCCAGUGGCAGAUAUACAACCAUUAAUUGAUACAUUAAAUAGUUUAAAACAAAAUAUUCGUAUUAGUAUGAUGUCAUCUAACUUGGAUGAUUUAGCAAGUAAUCAUGCUUAUGUUCAUUUAGAUGCUUAUCAGAAAGCUAUUAUUGAUCAGGGAAAGAGACUUGUAGAAUCACAGCACUGGAUGUCUGUAAUGCACUAUGUAUAUGCAGCAUGGAAUAUUACAAAACAGAUGCAAGAUUGGGGAAAUCAGAAUCUUUGUAAUUUCACGAAAAAAUGUUUUAAAAAUUUGACACACUUUUGCGUUCAAGCAUUAAGAAAGGGAAAUUUUGCAGACACUGCAUUGGAUAUGUUUUCUAGCAGAUUCGACACUAUGGUUACUGAUUGCGAUGACAUAAAGAUUUGUUUGCAGUUAAUAAACGAAGCAAAACAUAAUUAAAUUUGAACAUUCUUUUUUCGGUCGUUAAGGGUAUAGUUGCCAUACGUAUAAUUGUUAACAUACAUCAAUACAUAUGUAUGUUUUUAAUAUUCAUAUAAAUUUUAAUUCCAAUGUUUGUGAUGCAAGGAGUCGGUAAAGGAUCCAACAAUUCUUAUUUGUUAGAUCAGCCAUAUUUGUUUUUUUACUAAAUUGUUUUAUAGUAAGUUUCCAGUUUCAUCAUGAGAUUUACACAGAAUAGUAUUAAUGCAUUAGUUGUAAGGAUAUUUAAUGUUUUCCAAUGAUAUUUUUAUAUUAUAUUAUAUAACUGCAAAUAUUUGCAUGAGAUUUAUAGCCGUGUUUUGAAACGUUUGACUUUUUUUAAACUUUGCAGUGAUAAUUUGUAUGCAAAUGAAAAUAUCGCUAAUGAAAGGUGUGGUAUGUUCUCAGUACAAAUUAACUUAUUUUUUUCUUGUAACUCAAAAUAGAUGUGACUAUUUUUGAUUUUAAGGUAUUUAUUAGAAUUUUAUCUUU